UAGUUUAUUUUAAUUAUAAUAUAAAAUAUAAAUAUUUAAUCACUACUGAUUUGAAAUUCUUAGCUUCAAUCUAAAUAACCGAAGAAAAUGAGCGCUUUUCUCAGCUGCGAAUAGCUCGAGUAGAACGAAAAUGGCCGCCACCAGCGCUCCAACUCCGCCGCCGACGGCUGAAAUCGCCGAAGCUCCGCCGUCCUCCGCCCCCAAGCUCGAAAAUCCAGAACCAGAUUGUCCCCGCAAAACCAAGCCAGGACUGAAACGCCUCGCUCUCACCCUCACUGUUCUCUUCUCUUUCCUGUUAGGUCUUCCAUUUUUGUUAACAUCAGUAGAAAUCUAUAGAUCGCCGCUGCCGUUCCGAGAAAUUGAUGAUUUGUCCGCCGCGGUUGAGUCGAAUCCGCUGCAAUUUCCUUGCAAAUUCCGAGCAGUAUUUGUUGGUACGGGAGGAUCUUCAUUUAAUGCUAAUGAAUUAUCGGUUAAGAUUGAACAUCAAAUGCGGAAAGUCGCAGCCAAGGAUUCGACAUCUUGUGGUGCUUGUAGCUAUAAUUCAUCUGUUUCUGUAGUCGUAGAAAAUGGUGCGGAUUGUUUUCGUAGUGACAAUGAUUUCAGCUGGAAGUGUGGAGCGCUGAGUGAGCUGAACAAGUAUGAGCAUUCAAGGGAAAAUAACGAUGAGUUGUUCGAUGAGUAUUUGCAUUCAUUGGUGGAUGAAACUAGUAGUCGUAGCAAUGGUGGAAAGGUUUAUACAGUGAUAGUGGUGAGGAGGGAAGGACAGAAGGAUGUGAGUGCAGUUGUUGGGAAGUAUAGGCAUGGGUGGAUUGUGGGUAGGGUUUCAGAAGAGGAGGCAGUGAAGAAGGUGGCCGAGGUAUUUGUGAAAGCAUUUGUGAAUGGUGGAAAAGAGGAAGGGUCAAUUAGUGGGGAGUUUAUGCCUGUGGGGGCAGAUGGGAAGAUCGUGCUUUCAUUUAAUUUGCUGAAUGCUGAUCCACACGAUUGGACCUAUGACUGGGAAUUCCAAGAGAUAGAUGAUAAUCUCUUGGCUCCAAUACUCGAGUCUUUGAAGCCUCUAGCAGAUAUAAGCGUGGAGAGUCAGGUCUUGUACCACACUCCAAAGUCUUCGUUUUCUUACUGGGAUGAAAAGCUGGGGAGCUAUAUUUUCACUACUAAAGAUCUUCCUUUCUUUGUAAACUCAAAUGAGUGGCAUUUGGAUACAUCAGUAGCAGCAGGAGGGCGUUCGAAGAUCCUCCAUCUUGUGGUGUAUGUGCCAUCUGCAACAGAGUGUCCUCUUCUUUUGCAGCUCCCUAAUGGGAAAAUUUCCAAAUCAAAUGGCUUUAUAUCCCCGAUGUGGGGAAGUGUUGUUGUUUGGAACCCUGCGGCUUGUUUGAAUGGUUCGAAAAUGGAGACUCUUGUCAGGCAUAAGAUUUCUUCUGAGGACUUGAGGAAAAUCUUUGAAGUCUUCAUAGGCCAGCUGCGGCAACUCUUUGGUCUGAAGUCCAAAGGCACCUUUCGUGAUGCAUCAGGCACAAUACGACUUUUGACCAGUGAAAGUGGCUUCACGGAAUGGGAAUUGGAUGUAUUAUCGCGGCAGCACACAUGUUUUAACCUUAUUCAAUGCACCACAACUCUUGGAUCACUUUCUCGACUGGUCCAAUCACUUCCAAGAAUGAUUAUUAAGGAGGAAAUAGGAGAACAGGUGAGGUACUCUCUUGAAGCUGCGAAAUUGGCUUUGAGCAACGUGUCUGAUGGAAUUUAUGACUCUUCUGCCGUAUCCUCAAGACGAGCUAGGUCCUUUGCGGAGGAUGCUUUUUAUCACCCAUCCAUGAUGUCUGUGAGCUACUACUCAUUUGAGCACUGCUUUGCUGUCUACUCGCCCUUUUUUCUGCCGGUUUCACUGCACGUGCUUCUGGCAGCCCUUCGAGAAUGGAAAAGGUACAAGCAAGAAAGCAGAAAGUACAAAGCAUGGAAAGCUAAAAAAGAUUAAGGUACAAAUUUCACACAGAAGAUGCUAGAUUCCUUGCCCAGAUCAUAGCUUGGGGUGUAUUCUUGAAAUGCCUAACAACAUUGUAUGCUUUUUGUAAGUUAAGAUAGACAUAUUUUGUA